AUGGCUAUCUCUCCGGCCAUUCCUAUGCCGCCAAAGAAGUCCAUUCUGGAGCGGCUGCCCGGCAAACUCCCAACUUCGUCAAUCCCUGCGAACGUAGAUGUGGAGUUCGUGGCGAAAUCAAUGGUGGACAGGUUUCCUGCGCUGACCAAAGAUUGCUUCACGGAUGAUGCUAUGUGGCGAGAUAGCUAUGCAAUGACUGGCACUUUCCGAACGUUCUACUUCAAUGCCACUGUCGCGCAACAGUGGUUGUUGUUGCGCGAGCAGCGACAGAUCACGUCCAGGGAAUACAUCCCUGGAUCCAGCAAAAUCAUUCCAUUUGGUCCGGAAUCGGCGUAUUUGGAAUGCCAGCUAAAGUUCACCACUUCGAACCCAGUCACAGAAUGCUCAGCCUUUUUCUCCAUGGUACCAUCUCCUACGAUGGAUGGCGGUUGGAAGAUCUGGAUCUUGAGGACGGUGCUUGAACAACUGCCUGGUCACGGAAACGUUGAUGUCCUGGAGCCCCGAACUCCAUUGCUCGCAGACAAUGGGGCCUCGUCUGAACUCCUCAGCGAUCGAGGUUCCAAUGGAAGCUCAACCUUCGUCAACGGCAACGGCUCCGAUGCACACGCGACGGGACUAGAAGAUGUUUACGUCAAUGGCCACACUUCUCAGCAGACCAACGGCACUACAGUCGAGCAUGUGGAAUCCAUCAAUGACAUGGCUGAACAACAAAGUAUCCACCACUUUCAAGCUGUCAUCAUCGGUGGUGGCCAAGCCGGUCUUAGCACCGGGGGACGGUUGCGAGCACUCGGUGUCUCGUACGUCGUCAUCGAGAAGAAUGAGCAAGUCGGAGAUGCGUGGAGGCUGAGGUACGAAUCUGCGAGACUUCACACAGUCCGCGAAUACUCACACUUACCCUUUGACCGUACGUUUGGACCUUCUUAUCCGGAAUACCUGGGCAAGGAGGAUCUAGCGAAAGGUCACCUGGAAUGGGCGCGAAAGUUUGGUAUUAAUAUCUGGCUCUCAUCAACUGUCACAUCAGGUGAUUGGGAUCAAGAAACAGGUCUCUACACCUUGACUGUCCGCCGGAAAGGCACUUCUACUCCCACGGUCAUCACGGCAAAACACGUUGUAAUCGCAACAGGGGCAGGCUCACAAACCCCAAUAAUGCCGCUUCUCGCGAACAGGGACAAAUUCCGAGGACAGGUGUUGCAUUCUGCAGAUUAUAAAUCGGCUGAACAGUGGAGACACAAGGCUGGUAUUGUCUUGGGCACAGCAAACACCGCCCACGAUGUAGCCGACGACAUGUACGAAGCAGGCAUGUCCGUGACCAUGGUACAGAGAAGCCGGACUUUCGUGCUACCAGUGGAGUACAUCCAGGAUAGAUACCACAAGUUGUACAACAGCAAGCUGUCCACCGAGACCAGCGAUCGCAUCAUGUUCACGAACCCCGUGUCGAUUGCUCGCCUGACUUCGGCCAAUGCAUUUCACGCGAUGGCUCGAGCUCAGCCCGAGAGAUGGGAAGCCCUGGAACGCGUCGGUUUCAAGGUCGACCCGUACGGUGACAUCCAGGACGCGAUCAACGUCCGCUUGGGUGGACAUUAUAUCGACGUAGGCACAUCGGCGAAAAUCGCCAAAGGAUGGAUCAAAGUCAAAUCAGACGCACUAGCCGUGUCGUUUUAUGAAGACGGCCUCGAGUUUGCGGACGGCACUCGAAUGAGAGCCGACGUCGUCGUCUUCGCCACGGGAUUUGUCGGCAACCUACGUAACCAUGUCGAGCAGAUCUUCGGCAAAGAAGUCGGGGAUCGGGCUGGUGAUUGCUUCGGUCUCAAUGAGGAAGGAGAAAUCUUGGGAGCUUUCAAGCCAGUGCAGCAACGCGGUCUUUGGUACAUCGGAGGCGCACUCGGGCAUGCGAGAUGGUACUCUAGGUUUUUGGCCCUUUCCAUCAAGGCCGACCAGCUGGGCACGCCGUUGCCCGUGUAUGAGGACUGCAAGCAUAGAUUGGUGGAUGAAUGGUGUGAGGUGUAA